AUGGCAUCUUUACUUCGUCUUCUUCGCCUACGUUAUCUAGUCCUUAGUACCACUGUUGGUGGUAGUUAUGUAGUUCAUAAAAAAUAUAAUGAAUUACAUGAUAAACUACCUGAUAUAUCAUGGAUGAAAGAUUAUAUACCUGAAGAAAAUAUCGAUGCAUUGACAAAACAUUUAUUUGAUCUAAAAGAUUCUAUUACAUUUUCUAAUACCACUAAUAUACAAAAUCGUAUUAAGCAAUUGCAUGAAAGAUUCACUGAUUAUCUUUUAACAACAACAUCUUCCAGAUUAUUAAUUCUCGAUCCAUCAUUUUCAUUAAAUAAUUAUGAACGAAAAUCAUCAAAUGAUCAUUUUACAUUCGCAAAAUCAUAUCAAAAUAUGCAGACAACAAAUGAAGAACAAGAAAAAUUAAGAAAAGCUGCUCAAUUUCAAGCUCAUGAACGUCAAGAAAAAAUUCAACAAGAAAUGAUGACUAUACAAAUAAAAUAUCAACGUGAAAUAGAUCGAUUAGAAAAAGAAUUACAAUCAUUGAAAAAACAACUUUUAUUAAAACAAGAUCGAUCGACAAGCGGAAAAAAACAACGAAAAAUUAAAAAAUCACUUAUUGAUAUGUACAGUGAAGUAUUAGAUGAAUUAAGUGAAUAUGAUACUAAUUAUAAUAUUCAAGAUCAUUUACCUCGAGUAAAUAUGAUUUUUAAUUAA